AUGUUAGCUUGUCCUGAUCCAACUCCACUUGCAUUUUUUCAAUUUAUAUUUCCAUCUCACCAAAUUAAAGCAUCUGAAAAGUAUAAGAAGGUGCUUGACCUUGCUUUUAAGGAAGCUGUUGAUGAGGAGUUACAUAAUAAGUUUGAAGAAAUGAAAAAAUCAACCAAUAUUUUAGUUCGUCGUAAUAUACAUAAUACUAAUCUUAGUCUUCAUGAAGAGAUAAACAUGUUGUCAUUAAAUAAGGAUGGGUCACUGGCAAAAAACAUGAAAUCUGAUUCAGAUUUGGACACAAGUGAACAUCUGGAGGAAGAAGAGGAGUCUGAAGAUGAAAUCGACAAAUUCUUUAUGGACAAGGAAAAUAAUGAAAAGAUUUGUAAUGAUAUUACCAGUAACGAUAUUGGUAAUAUUAACUUCAUGGAAUGUAUAGAAGAAUCUAAGCUAAUGUCAUCAACCUGUCAACAUCCAUGGGUCCUCCAUAGUGGUACAAAUGUAGGAGAUAAAUUGGCAAGUUACGUCAAGACAAUUUCAGAGAUCCAAAAAUGUUUGAA